AUGCCUGCACAAAAGUAUGCAAAAAAGGGAAAGGCUUCCCGAAAGCAGAAGGCUACAUUGGCUAAGGCUCGUGCUACCAAGCAGCAAAAAUCCACUGCAGCCACCACAUCCACUGCAGCCACUGCUGCCACUGCAGCCACCACAUCCACUGCAGCCACUGCUGCCACUGCAGCCACCACAUCCACUGCAGCCACUGCUGCCACUGCAGCCACCACAUCCACUGCAGCCACUGCAGCCACCACAUCCACUGCAGCCACUGCUGCCACCACAUCCACUGCAGCCACUGCUGCCACUGCAGCCACCACAUCCACUGCAGCCACUGCUGCCACUGCAGCCACCACAUCCACUGCAGCCACUGCUGCCACUGCAGCCACCACAUCCACUGCAGCCACUGCAGCCACCACAUCCAAUGCAGCCACCACAUCCAAUGCAGCCACCACAUCCACUGCAGCCACUGCUGCCACCACAUCCACUGCUGCCACUGCAGCCACCACAUCCACUGCUGCAACUACACCCACUGCUGCCACUACAUCCACUGCUGCCACUACUCCUGCUGGAUUUACAACCAUCCCCACAGUGGUCAGUGCCUCCAAGAGAAAACUUAACAUGUUUUCUCAGUGUGAAGCACCUCAAGCUGCUACAGUUGGAGGGCUGGUCAUUGUGGACCUGGCUGAAGUAAACGCCCUCUUUUCGGCAGCUCAGUGCAGUACAUGUCUAGGGCCCUUGCAACUUAUUUCGACUGGACGCAAGGGUCUAGCGCAUCAACUGGAAGUCAGCUGCACAGUGUGCAACUCCUCCAUAGCAGCAGGAUCAAGCUCCAAAAUGAGUAGCAGCGACAGGUGUUACGAUAUCAACAAGAAAGUUGUCGCUGCUUUCCUCAACAUAGGAUUAGGCUAUGCUGCUAUGGAUAAGGCCGAUUUCCCGAAUGGACACUGGCCCAAAUGCAACAAAUGCCCAUCCUCCAAUAGGGUUCCAAAAAUUACGGCUUGUAAUAUUGAACAGGAUUAA